UUUUCCUUUUCGGCCUACAAUACAUCAAGGCUCUGAGUCCUUAACCAUCUAAUUGAAAAAGAGAAACUUCCUCGCAUUAACAGCCUCAUGCGCUAAGCUCCCGGGAAGGGUCGGACCAUAAAGGUCUAUUAUAUGCAAUCUUAUCCUGCAUUUUUACAAGAGGUUGUUUCCAUGGCUCGAACUCGUGACCUCUUGAUCGCAUGGCGGCAACUUUACCCUUCGCAUCAUUAACAAAACCAAUUAAUUAGAAUUACUUUGCGUAUAUAAAGUUUUCUUUUGUAGACAGUUUCAUCCACCUCCUACAGAAGGAUAUGUUCGAGUUUUCUGUUUGGUUGAUGAUCAUUACAAUAGUUCUGCUUGUGGGGCAAUGGUUCAUUCAAAGUGAAGAACACAUAUAUAAUAUUUCCAGCUCUUGAACUUGCGCUUUGGCGUGGCACAGAAGCAAAAAUCAAAGACUCUUCCCACACAAACCUAAACCACGAAUUCCAUAUAUCAUUCCUCUUCUUUCCUUAAAGCACACAUUUUAUAUUCUUACACACACACACACACUGUGAUCAUUUAUAACACCUUCUCCGGCCUGCCUCUUUCUCUGGACAUUCAAAUUUCCCACUUCACACGUUGGAUCAAUCACCUUCCUUAUAUAUGGACAUGAUUUUCUCUUCAUCCGCGGCUUUGUUGAGUGCUCGUAAUGGAAUUACUAGCCAAGUUGGAUUGUUUUGGCAGCAAACUAAAGCUCCUUUGAUUGCGCCAUUGUUAAGAAUAGUGUUGUUUGUGUGUUUGGCCUUAUCGUUUAUGUUGUUCGUGGAGAGGCUUUAUAUGGGCAUUGUCAUUGCUUUUAUAAAGUUGUUAAGGAGAAAACCAGAGAAGAAGUACAAAUGGGAGUCAAUGAAAAAGGAUGAUUUGGAGUUGGGAAAUUCUUCUUAUCCUAUGGUUUUAGUGCAAAUACCAAUGUACAAUGAAAAAGAGGUUUAUCAGUUGUCAAUUGGAGCUGCCUGUAACCUUUCAUGGCCAGCAAAUAGAAUUUUUAUCCAAGUUCUUGAUGAUUCUACUGACCCUGCAAUUAAGGCUUUGGUGGAGCAAGAAUGCAGGAGAUGGGCAAGCAAAGGUGUUAACAUAAAGUAUGAGAUAAGGGACAACAGGAAAGGGUACAAAGCUGGGGCUCUCAGAGAAGGAAUGAAGCAUAGUUAUGUGAAGCUGUGUAGUCAUGUGGCCAUCUUUGAUGCUGAUUUUCAACCUGAGCCUGAUUUCUUGGAGCGCGCCAUUCCUUUUCUUGUACAUAACCCUGAAAUUGGACUCGUUCAAGCUCGUUGGGAAUUUGUCAAUGCUGAUGAGUGUUUGAUGACAAGAAUGCAAGAAAUGUCACUUGGUUACCAUUUCACAGUGGAGCAAGAAGUUGGAUCUGCAAUCCAUGCAUUUUUUGGCUUCAAUGGCACUGCUGGAGUUUGGAGAAUGUCAGCUCUUAAUGAAGCAGGAGGAUGGAAAGACAGAACAACUGUAGAAGACAUGGAUUUGGCUGUCCGAGCCGGUCUCAAUGGCUGGAAAUUUGUCUAUGUUUGUGACCUUAAGGUGAAAAAUGAAUUGCCAAGCACUUUUAAGGCGUAUCGCUAUCAGCAACACAGAUGGUCUUGUGGACCUGCUAAUCUUUUCAGAAAAAUGGCCAAGGAAAUUGCAACUAAUAAGAAAGUUUCUGUAUGGAAGAAAUUUUAUCUGAUAUACAGCUUCUUCUUUGUCCGAAAGAUCAUUGCACACAUUGUGACGUUCGUCUUGUAUUGUGUUGUUAUGCCUGCAACCGUUUUCGUCCCUGAAGUCCAAGUGCCUAAAUGGGGAGCUAUUUAUAUUCCUUCAGCUAUUACUAUUCUCAAUGUUCUUGGCUCUCCAAGAUCAAUGUACUUGGUGGUUUAUUGGAUCCUAUUUGAGAAUGUAAUGUCCCUCCAUCGGACGAAAGCAACGUUCGUCGGCCUGUUCGAGUCAGGAAGAGUCAAUGAAUGGAUUGUAACAGAGAAACUGGGAGAUGCUCUCAAGACAAAAGUGAGCUCAAAAACAUCAAGAAAACUUCGUUUUCGAGUUGGGGAAAGGGUACAUCUUCUUGAGCUUUUUGUUGGGCUGUACCUCUGGUUUUGCGGGUGGUACGACUUCUCUUUUGGGAAGAGUAGGUUCCACGUAUACCUGUUCCUCCAAGCUGCAGCAUUUUUCGUUGUUGGGUUUGGCUAUGUUGGUGUUUUUGUUCCCAAUUCGUAGUCUGAAUUUGAAAUUCUUGUAAAAUUAUGAAAUGUUCUUUUUUGCUUUUUCAUGUAUUAGUCAAGGAGUAAGGCAUAAGAAGUGAAAUACCAAAAGGGUUGCUGGGUUUCUAACCCAAAAAGAAUAUAUGGUAAGCAUUUUAGGUCCCUUGUAAUAUGUUGUAAAACUCAUUAAAUAUGAUGACUACGCCUUUCUCA